CCCUUUUCUUCAGGAUGGGGCAGACUGGGUUACCUUACACUGGGGCAGCAUUUUGCAUCAUGCUGUUUGUUGCAUCAAGUGCUCAGCCCAUCACCAUUUUAGAUAUUCUUCAAGCAAUCCAGGAGGCCCCGAAGAACUACUCCAUGCCCACAUAUUCAUUUUUCCUCUGUAUGGAGAUCACCAACCGUGUCUUCAAUGACUCGCUCCUCAACCCAGCCACUAAAGAUUACAAGCAGAUGUAUGCAGAGGUGGCUGGAGCUCUGAACAUCAUAUAUAAUUGCUCUACCUGUGACACAAGAGACAGCUACAGAGGAGUGACAGACAUGCGGUUCAGAAAGGGGUCUGUGAUCGCGAAUUGCAGCAUUUCAUUUAAGACCAUUUUUAUCAACAAUAUUGUGGUCAAAAAUUUGUUCACUGUGGCCAUUGAAAAAAAUCCUCGACCAAAUGGGCUUGAAAUGAACAAACAGUUCACCAGUGAAACAGUCACACCUGUCUGGUAUUUUCCGAAGACUGAUGCUCCGACAACUCCUAUGUCUAGAACAACUCACUCUGCAAUCAAGGACUUAGGUGGGGCCACAGCAAGAACGAUACCUUCAGGUCAAAAUGACACCACUGACACUGUGACACAUUAUUAUUAUGGGAUUCCUGGUUGGGCCAUUGCUUUGCUAGUGCUGGCAUGUGUCAUCCUACUGCUCCUCAUCAUCCUUCUCAUACUACUGAUAUGUUGUUGGUGUUGUAGGAGGAAACACAAAAAGGAAGAAACUACAAAGCUGACAGAACAUGCACCUUAUGAGAGAACGUCUUUCAAAGAACAUCUCGCCAAUCCCCCAUACAAUCCACACUCACCUCAGAAGAACCCAAACCUCCCAGUCUUUCAGGGAGAACCGGAAGGACUGAAUGGCAACCGUCCAGGGAUGUAUGUGCUAAACCCAACCAGAUGAUAACCAGGACGCCACUGUAAGAGAUAGCCAUGAAGAAACCGAUGCAUAUGAAGGUUCAGAAUGGUAAAGAAGAUGCUGGACUCUUCAAGGUUCUGCAAUGUGUCAUCAUUACCAUGUAUAAUAGAAGUAUUAUACUCAGCUUUUACAAUAAAUGGACUGCUUUUGGAAUAUUUAUUUCUGUAUUAUUUAUGAAGCACAGAUAUAGGGAUAUGGGUCUGUAAUCAUUUGAAUCUCAAUAUGUAGGGGAUACUGGGGCUAGCUGUCACACUUUUUACUCCAGUGACUAUUUCACAGACAAGGUUUAUUUUUGAAAGUCAAUUUCUGUGUAGGCACGUUCACUGAAGUCUUGACUACAAAAAUAUUCUGAACAUUCCCUCCAUUAUUGCCCAGGAAAAAAGGAUACAGUUCAAUUUAUGCU